AGACGACUGUAACAUAGUACAUGCUGACUAAGCUACUAAUGAGAGCUUCUCAUGAGUAGACUUGCGUCAUCUUUUUUUUUUUUCUUUUUCUUCCCGCUUCUACCGCAUCUAACCAUUUGCCAACUUUGCAACGGAGGUCAAAUCAACAGCCGUCAAGGCUUAUGCAGCACUCUCACCUGUCUUCGGAUAGGACUUGGGUGGACCUUUUUCCUUCCAAAAUAUGUCCUUACCUCUAUCUGGCAUGAGUUCACAACCCUGCUGGAACACCUUUGCUGGUCUAGAGCGGGAGGUUUUUCCUGAUGCUUAUCUCUUCAAGUCACAGAACAGUUCAUGUACACGCAUACUGUUUACCUUAAAACAACUACUACUAAGCAUCUGAUUUACUCAUCUUUUUGUACC